UACGUGCAGUCGUUCGGUAUUCGCGCCACUUUGCUGUACAGUGUCGAACUGGGGACGGUCAUCCAUUCCCUUCAGGAAGAGCGGGACAUUAGCGCUCUGUACCUCAGUUCCAUCGAGGAAAAGACAAAGAGUCUACUUCUUCGUCGGUAUCCAGAGACUGAUAAGUCACUCGAGAAGCUGACAUUCUGGACAACUGGUCCUACCCUCGUCCUUCCAGAGUUCCAGUCUAAGGACAAGUUCUUAUCUUACCUCAACAGACACAGGUACGAGCUAGAUACACUCAAUCAGACAGUGACGAUGGAGCUGGAGAUGUACACCUCGCUGAUCAGUGUGUUCAUCUCGUGGUUGUACGACGCCGUCACUGAGGACCACUCAGGUGCAAUCUGGAGAAGCUUGGUGGCCUACCAAGAGGUCAUUGUGGCUAAGGAGUACAUGGGGCUGGAGCGAGCCCUGGGCACAGUCUUCUACGCUACAGGCAGGUUCCCGUCCAGGGAAGCGCAUCUGUGGUUCUCGGAGAGCCAGGAUGUCACAAAUGCUACUUUCCUGUCGGCUAGGCGAUACUCUGGAUUAGUUCAUGCUUUGUACGAGAAGAAUAUCCAUGGUAAUGAGAUGCUUCUGGACGUCUUGGGCAGGAUGAGGGCCGAGAUUCGCCGGAACGAUCUGAUGGGCAAGGGUUCGGUGAAGAUGGCCCAGUGGUGGUUCAACAACAUGACGAUGUACAUGGACCUUCUGCUGACGACCCAGACGGACUUGUCAGAGGAGAUCACGCAGAUCAUGGACGAAGGACAGAUCUACACCCUCAACAGAGUCAUGGGGAUUUCCUUCGUCCUUGCCUGUGUCUUCAUCCUCUGCCCUGUAAUCAUCUACACCAUGUAUUCCCUGACGAACGAGAUACAACAGUACUCCACGGCCCUAACUAAGAGAGCAAGAGCCCUGGAUAAAGAACAGAAGCGAACCGAGAUGCUGUUUUAUCAAAUGAUCCCGAAAUCCGUGGCCGAGAAAAUGAAACAUAAUGAAAUAGUUGGAGCGGAACAUUACAGCGAGGCCACCAUCCUCUUCUCUGACAUCCAGGGUUUCACACUCAUCACAGCCAGGAGUUCCCCUGUGCAAGUCGUGAACAUGCUCAACAGCCUAUAUCUGUGUUUUAAUGAACGCAUAGCCAAGUAUGAUGUCUACACAGUGGAAACUAUUGGAGAUGCAUACAUGAUUGUCUCGGGGAUACCGAACCGGAACGAUCACAGUCACGCGGCUGAAAUUGGCAAGAUGGCGCUGGACAUCAUGGGUAAUGUCGGACAACUUGAAAUCCCUCACUUGCCGGGCACAAAGUUUAAACUGCGAGUGGGAUGUCAUACUGGUCCAUGUCUUGCUGCAGUGGUGGGCCCGACCAUGCCGAGAUACUGUCUCUUUGGCAAGACUAUCAGCAUAGGAGCCAAGAUGGAGUCACUCGGGAAACGAAAUUUGACAGCUCGUGUCAUGGUAGACUACCUUCAUAAUGCCCACAUCAACGUCAUGCCCUGGCCGUCGAGAUCUCCAGACCUCAACCCAAACGAACACAUCUGGGAUGAACACGAUCGACGUGUGCGUCAACGUCAGAACACGCCGCAGACACUCCCAUAA